AUGGAGAUGCUGCCAAGCAGUACGUCGUCUCGAUGGCUCCAGCGCUUCUACGCCAACUGUCCGACGCUGCAGGAGCAACAGGCGGAGAUCCACCGCCUCUACGAAGAAACCCUCGACCAACAGCGUCGUCUGGACGAGCUGGAAGCGCAGCAGACGCAGCGCGCAAGUUCGUUGCAAAGCGAUGAAGAGAGAAGGCGCGAAGUGCAUCAGCUCCAGAGACAGCUGCAGGACCAGGACGUCCAGAUGCUAGAAGCUGCCCAGACGAUCGAGAUGCUCAUGAGGGACGUGCAGGUGGCGCGGACGGUAGCGAGGCAAGCGGAGAAGGCGCAACGAGAAGCAGAAGCGGAUCAGAUGCUUCGUCACGUGCUGCAAGAGAGUGACGGCGAAGGUUCGGACUCUGUUGCUGUACAGACAGUACGUCUUGAAGUAGAGAGUGUGCCGGACUCCGAGCAGCAGAGCAGAGCGAAGGCGGUGGAACAUGAGGAACGGGUGGUAACCGAUGCUGGAGAGAGGCUGCGGCCGGCGUUGCAGGCGUUAAAAGAGAAGGAUCCACAGGUUGGAAGGCAAGUGUAUAGUGAGGACGAGAUGGUGCAGCAGCUGGAGAUGAUCAAGACCCGAGCGGCUGAUGAGAUUGAACGUUAUGAAGCGAUGGAUGUUGUGCGUCAACAACUGGUCACGGUGUUGCAGGCUCAAGUUCAGGCUUUUCGAUCGGACAAGGAGAGCAUGGACAAUGCAAUUGUUCUAUGCCAGCGAUCAGUCGACAAGCGGUUUCAAGUGUUGGAGCAAGACCGACUGAAGAUUGAGGCGGAGAAUUGUCGACUGCGUCAUGAGUUAUCGAGCGUUUUGCAGUACCUGAAAGCUGUCGACGUUAAGCUGCAUGAAGUGGAAGGGGAAGAUGAUAAAGAGACACUAAAUGCGCACGAGAGGCUGGACGCACGACUCGCACGAGCGUGUGCGCAUCAAGACCAACUUGCUCGGCGCGUGACAAACGCUGAACAGACGAUAGUGCUGAUUACAUCGACGACAGGUGGAAAGCAGCCAGUGAAAGGACACAGUCGAGCUACGGACGAGAAGAAGGCGCUUCUCUUGCAACUAGAAGAAGAGCGUCGGCAGUCGGCAGAAUUGAAACGCUUGACGCGUAUGCUGCAAGAGUCGGUGGAUUCUGCGCUGAAGGAGCUACGUGAAGUGGAGAUUGAGCUCCGCGCAAUCAACAGUGACGCCUCGAGUGGUGACGAACCGCACGACACAUUGGCCGGUCUUGCAAAACGAGUGAUUUCCGAUUUCAAGAGAUCCAAGCAGGACGAUGUCUGCGUGGAGGCCUUCAUGGCGUCCGUGCAGGUCCAGCACCUAACGUCCUCGAUGCAUGCACACCUAAGUCGUCUUCGUGCACUGCGUAAUCAACAAGAAAUCUGUUCUACCUCGACGAACACUCGAUACUUGCCUUGCAGUGACAGCGGCGAGUCUGUUGACCACAGCUGCGAUACUCUUGAUGGCCACCAGGCUGCUGAUAGUGACACGGCGUGCAGUGGAACAGUCAAAGGCGAAUACGAGUAG